AGCUGGUUUCUUCUCGCUGUCACUGUCAUUACGUACUAUGAAAUGCUCGAACUGAUACAAAAGUACGGAUUAACAGCGCUCGUUUUGCUGCUAGUGGUUGCUACCAGCCACUCGUUUCAUUCACUUGGACUUCAUUUUGGCUACAAUAUCUUAUACGUUCUUCUACUUUCAUUGUUUGGCUUCAGCUACUACAGAGCCUGUGUAAUAGAACCUGGUUAUAUAUAUUAUACAGAUGAAGAAUCACGCGUACACGAAUGGGAGCGCAAAUCAGAUGGAUCGAGGAGGUUCUGCCGCAAGUGCAGGAUAUACAAGCCUGACCGCUCACACCAUUGCUCAUCGUGCAACAGAUGCGUGUACAAGAUGGACCAUCAUUGUCCUUGGUUGUUGAAUAAAUGCGUGGGAUUCUAUAACUACAAGCUAUUUCUCCUUCUGUUAUUCUACGGUGCACUUCUUUGCUUAUACGCGUUCGGGAUGACGACAUACAUUUUAGUCGAAUCAAUAAAGCUGAAUUUGUCAAUCGAACCGUGGUAUGCUCAGCUUGAGUGGGCAUUUGUCGCUAUCGAAACCUUUACUUUGGGAUUCGCACUCUUAGGUUUCUUUAUUUGGCACUGCACUCUUGUGGGAAGCAAUAAAACGACAAUAGAGGCAUUGGAAACAGACAGAGCGCAUAGAAGUCACAGUCCACGUUACACCGCGCCACCAACGUCACCAGAAAGUAUCAGUCUCCCACCACCACCACCGUCUACAGCAUUGAGUGGUUGGGAGAGAAGCAAAUUGACACAGUUGGCACUGCUGAAUAUAUUCGACAGAGGCACCAAGAAGAAUUUCAUAGAUGUCUUGGGCUGGGAUGAUAAUGCCAGGAUAUGGGGUUGGUGGGUCUGGUUCAUACCUUCUAGAAAUACUACUGGCACCCACGGCCAACCAAAUGCAUUCCCGGUGGAGGACGCUCAAGCAUUGAAAGUUACCGCUAUCAGGGAGGAACUAAACGACUUCUGGUAUAAUACGCCUUCAGGAGGAUAGUAGAAGCAAGAGAAUAUAUCCAUCGUCAAGCUAGAUAAGCGUAUUACAUAACGAGAGCCUCCUACAGAAGGUGCUAGAGACAUGUAUUAAUAUUUAUAAACAAUAAAUCUAAUUGCAUUAUCGA